AUGUCGGAAGGCCAUCAUACACCUGAUCAUGGUGCUCCUUCUGGUAUAGCAUCUACCGAUGCAGAUUCUAAUAAAAAACCGUCAGGUGUGCCACGGCCAGCUUUUGAUGACAGCACUCUUCAAGUUAUGGAAGAUGAGUUUCAAACUGUGCUUAAUGAGCUUGUUGGUGGUGAUCGAAGUUUAGAUAAAUUUCGUACAGAAUAUGAAAAACUUCAUAAAGCUUUACUAAAAUCACACGAUAGUGAAAAACGAUUGAUGCAAAAAUGUCGAGAACUAAAUUCCGAACUUGUCACAAAUUCUGCUAAAGUACAGGCAGCUAUGAAAUUAAGUGAAGAAGAUAAAAGUGCUAUUAACUCAUUACAAAAAGAAAUUGAAAAAGCAUGGAAAAUGGUUGAUGCUGCUCAUGAAAAAGAACAGCGAGCAAAGGAAACGAUACAAAGUUUAAGAAUCGAAAUUAAUAAUUUGAGUAAUCUAAUCGAACAAGGAGCAGGAAUGAGUGUUGGUCAAGAACAAGAUGUAAAUGAUUUAAUGAAUGUUCGUGCUGAACUAACACAAGAACGUGAUAAAUUAUUAAAUGAUAUAACACAAUUACGUCGUGAUCUCGAUAAUAGUGCAUUUAAACAAAAUGAUCUAGAAAAACAAAUUCAAGAAUCAAAUGAACAAAUUGCUUCUUUACAAGAAAAAAUAACACAAACUAAAAAUGAUAAUGCAAAAGAAGCGAAAAAACGAGAACAACUUGAACUUGAAUUAAAAACUGGUAAACAAAAUUUAGAUUUACGAAAUGCUGAAUUUAAAGCACAAACAACACAAUUUGAUGUUCAACAACAAGAAUUAAAAAAAGCUCAACAAACUUUACGACAAUUAAAAGAUGAUAAUGUACGUUUAACAAAAGAAAAUCAAAUUCUUCAAGUUCGUCUUGAUAAUUCUCGUACACAAUUUACUGAACUUGUUACAACAAAUGAAAAACUUGCAAAUGAUUGUGCACGUCGUGUUAUUGAAUUAAAAGAAAAAGAAGAUGAACUUGUACAAUUACGUAAAGAACGUGAUAGUGAACAAAAACGAAAAGAUCAUGUUGAAAAACGUUUACGACAAGUUGAAGAUUCAUUGGGUGAAAUUGAACAACAACGUGAACGUUACCGUGCAACUCAAACAGCAAUGGAACAAGAAAUUGAUGAUUUUAAAAAAAUACAAGAUGAAAAUCGAAGACACGUCGAUAAAUUAACACGUGAACGUGAACAAUUAAAUAAAACAUGUCAAAAAUUAGUUGCUGAUAAUCAAAAACAAAAUGAUCAAGUUGCAAAUAUUAAUCAAUCGAAACGAACUUUAGAACAAGACAUAACAAAUUAUAAAGAUGAAGCUGCUAAACAACGAAAAAUUAUUCUUAAAAUGGAAAAAGAACGAGAUCGUUAUAUAACUGAAGCUGGUCAAUUAACAAGUCAAGUUCUUGCAUUAAUGGAAGAAGUUAAAAAGAAAGAACUUGAAUUAUUUGAUCAAAAGAAAAAAAUAGCUGAAUCAGAAACUCGAUUAAAACAACAACAAAAUCUUUAUGAAGCUGUUCGAUCUGAUCGAAAUUUAUAUUCGAAAAAUUUAAUUGAAUCUCAAGAUGAAAUAGGUGAAAUGAAACGUAAAUUGAAAAUUAUGAAUCAUCAAGUUGAUCAAUUAAAAGAAGAAAUUCAAGGUAAAGAACAAGACUUAGUACGUGCACAAGCUGAUCACGAUAAAGUUAAAAAAGAAAAAGAACAAUUAAUUGCUAACGUUGAAAAAUUGAAGAAAGAAGCAACAGAAACAGAAGAAGCUUAUGCAAAUCAACAAGCUGAAUUUGAACGUUUAAAUAAACAAUUAUCCGAAGCAAAUGAUGAACGUAAAAAACAAAUGAAACAAUUACAACAAGUUAUUGCUGAACGUGAUGUUCUCGGCACACAACUUGUUCGUCGUAAUGAUGAACUUGCUCUUCUAUAUGAAAAACUUAAAAUUCAACAAUCAACAUUAAAUAAAGGCGAACUUCAAUACAAAGGUCGUCUUGAAGAUUUACGUAUAUUAAAAUUAGAAUUAAAAAAAUUACGUCAUGAAAAAGGUACUUUACAAGAUAAAGUAGCUAAUACAGAUGAUCUUAAACGUGAAGUAUUUCAUGUACAACGUGAAUUAUUACGUGAACGUACACGUUGUCGUGCAUUAGAAGAAGAAUUAGAAAAUCCAAUGAAUGUACAUCGAUGGAGAAAAUUAGAAGGUAGUGAUCCAUCAACAUUUGAAUUAAUACAAAAAAUUCAAAUACUUCAAAAACGUUUAAUACAAAAAACCGAAGAAGUUGUACAAAAAGAAUUAUUAAUACAAGAAAAAGAAAAAUUAUAUGCUGAACUUAAACGUAUUUUAGCUCGACAACCUGGUCCAGAAGUUGCUGAACAAUUAUCAAUAUAUCAAGAAACAUUAAAAGCUAAAACAAAACAAUUGAAAUCGUUAGCAAGUGAAGUUAAUAUGUAUGAAAGUCAAAUUGAUGAUUAUAAAUAUGAAAUUGAUAAACUUAAUCGACAAUUAACUGAAGUUCGUCAAAAAUAUUUUCUACAAAAGAAAAAAGAAACAAUAACGAAAGAAAAAGAACGUCUUGCACAAUUACAACAAAUUACAACGACAGUAAAUGGAAUUACAUUACAACAACCACCACCUGAUCUUAUUCAACCAAAUCGAUCAAAUGAUCAAGCACGUUUUACUGGUGGUGGCUUCAAUCUUAAAUCAAUACCAAAACCAUCGAGUGUUACUGCUUAA